AGAAGAAGAGUGAAUUGUCAAAAAUCAAUUUCGGAUUUGGAAAGAACAAAUUUUCUAAAUUUUGAACUGCCCCCAUGUUAUACAUCAACAUUUAAGUCCUGCGAACAAAAAGUUGUACAAAUUUUACUUAUUUUUAAUUUAGAAGUAUGGCUUUGCGUUCACACCAUAUGAGGUAUUUUAGGUUAUGUUCGUACAUCAAUAACUUUGGUUUUGUAAGAUUUUCUUCCACCGCUGGAGCCUCUAAGAAAGGAUUAAUUUUGGGAGUUCGUACCAGUAGUACUGAUGAAGCUAUACUAACUCCGGCAGCAACAAAAUAUAAUGAAAUAACUCAAGGAAAACUCUUACAACAAUUCAAACUCGCUGGAAACAAAAUAAAAGCUGGAAAAUGUUUUGUAUUUUGGGGGUUAGAUACAGAAUACACUGCGGUUGCUGUUACAGGACUUGGUAAAGACACUGACUCACGAGAUGAUAUUGAGCUAAUAUGUCAAGAAAACGAAAAUGUUAGAAUUGCUGCUUCCGCCGGUUGUCGAGCACUGGAGUCUGUGGGGGUUAAAAAUAUUGACGUGGAGGACUUUUGUAAUGCAGAAGCAGCUGCCGAAGGAAGUAAUUUAGGCAUUUGGAAAUUUCAAGAAUACAAGUCGAAAAAAGAGAACUUAUCACAAGUACAGCUUUGUCAAUUAAACGGAUCUGGCGUUGCUGAGGAUUGGCAGAAAGGAGUUAUAAAAGCAGAAGCACAAAAUUUGGCUAGAAAAUUAGCCGAUACACCAGCAAAUCUUUUGACGCCCACCAUUUUUUCCGAACAAGUCCAUAGUAUUUUAACGCCUUUGGGAGUAGAUGUAAAAAUUUACGAUAAAAAAUGGGCCGAAGAUCAGAAGAUGUUCUCUUUCCUUAGUGUAGCAAAAGGAUCCGUAGAGCCGCCAAAAUUUUUAGAAAUCACCUACAACAGCGCAGCUACUUCCGACGCGCCGUACGUUCUAGUGGGAAAAGGGGUUACAUUUGAUGCUGGAGGUAUAAGUUUAAAACCAGCUCAAGCUAUGGACGAGAUGCGAGCCGAUAUGGGAGGAGCAGCUGCCGUAGUUGGUGCCAUUUAUGGUUUGGCGAGACUGAAAGUUCCAAAAAAUGUCAAAAUUUUAAUUCCUCUAGUCGAAAAUCUUCCAUCUGGCAACGCUGUUAAACCGGGCGAUGUCAUCACCGCAAGAAACGGAAAAACAAUAUGUGUGGAUAACACUGAUGCAGAAGGAAGGCUCAUUUUGGCAGAUGCCUUAUGUUACAGCUCAGAAUUCAAACCCAAAUGGGUUUUAGACAUUGCAACUUUAACUGGAGCCAUGAGGGUCGCAUUAGGAAACGCAGCUACAGGUGUUUUCACCAAUAGCAACAAGCUCUAUGGUACACUGGAAGAGUCUGGAUCGUCAUCAGGUGAUAGAGUCUGGCGUAUGCCGUUGUGGAAACAUUUUACCAAACAAGUAGCAGAAAAUGCUGCCUACGACCUUAACAACAUCGGUAAAGGAAAAGGCGGUGGUAGUUGCACGGCUGCAGCUUUUCUACGAGAAUUCGUACCACAAAACACGGACUGGUUGCAUUUGGACAUCGCCGGUGUUAUGGGUCCUCAAGAUGAUACUCCUUAUCUACAAAAGGGUAUGACUGGCAGACCUACAAGAACUCUCAUUGAAUUUAUUAGAAGACAGGUUUAAUUAUUAACAAAAUUUUUGUAAUAAUUAUGAAAUAAGGCUAAAAAUAAAGUAUGUAUUUUU